AUGACGCGAGACGACAUUCGUCAACUACGUCGAAAGUUCGACGACGAGGAUGGCUCACACAGUGACACGGUAACAAUUCGAGGCUUUUUCCACUUGAUUAACGACGAUAAAGCGUUCGAGCGGUCUCAAAUCCUGACUAAAGAACUCCUUCGAAUUGCCAACGUCGCGCCUUCGACCGGUCGAGUGACAUUCGAUCAGUUUUUACGCAUCGUAUGCACGUUUGCUGCGUUUUCCGAGACGGAACUCUGGCGGUUCUUUUACGAAUCCUUUUUCGCUGGUGGAGUAGCUACUGUAAACGCUCGUCGACUUGGAGAAGUGUUGCAAGCAGCUGGAAACUCUUACGCUCACAACAUCGAAGUUGCUGCUCGCCAUCUCCCUACAAACGCAUUUUCACCAUUAACUGGGAUGCCAUCGUCUCUCACUUUUGACGACUUUGAGGAACUUGUGCGUCGGAACCCCAUUGUUUUCUUCCCACUCGUCCAGCUGCAACGCAAUGUGCGCACUCGAAGUCUGGGUGAGAAGUAUUGGGUGAGGAAGGUACGAGAGCAAGUGCUCAUAAAGCCUCUUUUCGCGUACCAGCAACUUAACCAGGGAAAGUUACCGAAAAUGAAAGUGAAAGAUCGGGCAAUGAAUAUUCUGUUUGGUGGGAAAACUGUUAUGGCACAUGCCAGGACAUUGGCACGGCGGCAAUACCUUGAUGAGUUUAAACGUUGA